AUGUCUUUAGAUAGUUAUGGGGUAUUGAAUGAUUUAGCCCCAGUUUUUCGUCCUUACAUUCAAAAUGUUUACCAAGAUUUACAGCUUGGUUUAUGCAAGACUAGAGUUGACUUCGAAAGAGUAUCGGGGCGUUCAGAAGGUGGUGAUUGUCAGAUCAGAAUAGUAUUACCCUACUGUUCAAAGAAAUUAAAAUGGGAGAUAAUAUUUGACAGUUCAGCUCCAUGGUUCGCGCCAGAUUUUAGAUUUGAUGACGAAAGUUUUCUUAUGAAUGUUGAUGAAAUAUUUCUAGAAGAAAAAGUACCUUCUCUAUCGAAAUGGAAUGAAAAUGAUCCAAAAGCACUAAGUGAUGUCAUUUCUGAACUCAUCAGUUUAUACAAACUUCAUCAAAUAAAGAAGCUGAAUGAAGAUGACAGUUCUAGGGCAUACUUUGAAUACAGUGCCCUACUUGGAGAUGCACUUACAUCUGAGAAUGAUAUUGAAGUAUGGGUUGGUGGCCAUGUUGUGGAAUUUCUGAUCAGAUUGAAUGUUGACACUUCCAGAUUGCCAGAAGUAUACAGUGACGGAACAGAAAAGAACCCUGGCAUUGACACAGCAUUAUUGUUAGUAAGAUAUCCAAACUCAACAAAUGCUGAAUUGAUACUCUCACCCACUCUUACUAAGUCACUUGGGAACAUAACAUUACCCACGAUGCAUCAAUCUGGAGUUUUAAUGGACUAUGUUCCAAUGGUAACAGACCUGUUAAACAAUAAGAUUAAUGAUUUACUGGACAAUGAGAAAUUAAAACGAGAUUUACUGGCACAACUUAUAGUGAAAUAUGAAGGUGCUAUACUAGAACAUGAUGCUAACAGUGCAGCAUUCUUGUUUGAAAUGAAUAAUUACCACUUUAUCUUACAAAUUGAUAUUGGUGCUAAGUUCCCAGAAAAGCCUCCAGUGUUGGCUUUGAGAUCAAUUUAUCACUGCAAUAAAGGAAAACCUAUUUACAAAAUACUCACAGGCUGUCCAUAUAAAAAAUUCGAGAGCUAUAUUGAACAGCAGGUUGAAAUUUUCAAGAAUGAGUGUUUAGGUUUAUACCCAAGAGACCAACAUGUUUCCUUGGACAACUAA